UAUGAAAACAUUCGUUGUGAUUUGCCUCGUAGCAGCUGUGUUUGCACUUGACACAAACAAAUUUGCCGUGCUUCUCCAAGCAGGCACAAGAGGAAAUGAUGCCGUUGAAUCAGUUUACAAUCUCUUAAGAGAUUUGAAGACAGAAAAUGUUAAUGUGUAAGCUGCUGCCGACAGAAAGAACAAUACAGAUGAAGGUAUAUCAUUCAUUCAUUCAUUCUAGAAAUCUUUUCCUAAGUCAUUGGUGAUUUGACAAAUGUUGCCUCACUCAACAAACAAUAAUGGGAAUCACUUGGUGUUGUCAGAACAGAUGUUGAAGCCUAAGUCAGGGUAUGAACACUCAUUAAUUUAUCAAGGAUGGAUAUUAAUGGUUAGCCUGGGCUGAAGCCAGACUUGCUGAAAUCGAAAGAAGAAAUGCUUAACUCCAAGACUAAAGAUGUUGGGCCAAUGGACUCUUUGUCAAAUCCCUUGCUGAUCAUGCUGAUGCCGUAGCAGUUGUCUAACUCUUAUAAUAAGAUGUUGCUGGUUUCCUCACAAACAAUGCUGGAGUUGAACUCGUUGAAAAAGCCUAAACUAUCGCCGAUAAAUUAUCAGCAUAUAGCCAUCUUUUCUAAUAAGAUGCCCUCCAAAAAUUCUAAUCACUUGCUGAAGUCAAGAGAGAAGGCACAACCGGAGAAUAAGUCCUCUAAAUCUUAUAUGACUUAUAAGCUGAAUUAGAAUCCACUCUUGCCACUUUAUAAGAAUAAGAAAUUCAUGCUGCCUUUGCUCUUGCUAAAUACGUCUCAGACACCAAUGCUGAAGUUGCCUGGUUGAAUUCAGAACAUGAAAGAAGAACUGGUCUUGUUGAAAAAUUAGAAACUGUAUUUCAAUUUUUAUAAUUCCUUUAUAGCAACUCCCAGCUGUCCUUGCCUAAUAAGCCAAAGCACUCAAAUUAUGGAAGGAUUCCUUAAACGCUGUUGCUGGAGCCACUGCUGAUUUAGAAGAGAAAAGAGAAUUCUAUGCCUCCGAAACUGCAAGAAGAGCCGGUACCAUUUAUCACAAUAAUCAAUAGAGGAAAAUGCCAUUAUCGAUGUUGUCAUCUAAUUGUUCAAAGACUAAGUUAGAUCCUUAGCCUCAUAAACCAGUCUUGGAAGAAAAUGAUUUC